GUAAUUUUCAAGUAUAUCAAACUUGUUUUACCACAUGUUCUUCUGGUUGCUGUCGUAUGUUUGUAUGCGAUAGCUGGUGCAUGGAUUUUUUAUAGUCUCGAAUCACCUCAUGAAGAUAAGUUAAAGAAAAUUGGUAUACAAAAGAUUGGUGAAUUACGCAACGAGCUAAUUCAAGCAUUAUGGAUGGAACGUAAAGAGUUGAAACGAAAUGGCAAAAUGGAUAAUUGGAUUCACGUAACGGACGUGAAACUUCAAAUAUUCGCAUUUUCAAAACAAAUAUCGAUAAACGGAGUGUUAAUACGAAAGAAAGAAAGUAUAGGUAUAUUUUGGUUCACUGGAUGUUACGGAUUAGCAAAUUGCUAA